CGCGCCCGUCAGUGUGUUUUCGACAUCGGCUCGCACGGACGUGGCCCGCCGCGCUGUCAAACUACUUUUAUUUAUAGUUUUUAAUCGAAUAAAGUCGCGUGACGCUCGUGAAUACCGUGUGCGGAACCGGGAUUAAUAAAUAUGAGUAUUGCUGCCCUGCUCAAAGCCGCUGAAUUCAUCGAGAGGCAGGAAAGAGUUUUGUUUGUUCCAGAGUCGGAACACGGGUACGCGUCGAGUCUGCCGGCGUGCGAGGAGUCUCGGUGCGGGGGCAGACGGCCGAAGACGAAGAAGUCGCAGGGGAGCAGGACCACUCAUAACGAGUUGGAAAAGAACAGACGAGCACACCUCCGGAGCUGUCUGGAGAAGCUGAAGGACAUGGUCCCCCUGGGUCCGGAGGCCUCGCGCCACACCACCCUCGGCCUUCUUACCAAAGCCAAACGGUUUAUAAAGAGUUUAGAAGAGCGGGAAAAGCGGCACUCCAGCCACAAGGAGCAGCUGGCGCGCGAACAGCGGUACCUGAGGCGGCGGCUGGCGCAGCUGCGGGCCUGCCACGACGCGGCCGAGCUCAGGCCGGUGGCGUCGCACAGCGCGAGAGCGGACUCCCUCAGCUCGCUGGAGUCCAGCAGCGGGGUCAGCACGGCGGACCGGUCGCCGUCCAGCGUGUCAGAGAGUGAUGAGGUGGACGUGAUCGGCUAUACGUCGAACCAGAGCGACAGCGAGUCGCUGGUGUCCGGACACAGCGGCGACAGCGGCGUGGUCGCGCGGAGCGGCCGAGCGCCACGCGGGACACGGUACACCAGAGUCUAGGUGGCGCGUGCGCGGCGCGGGAGUGGCGCGGGAAUCGCCGCGCCGCCAUCUUAUAAAACGUAGGACAUUUUGUUGGUACGUGUACUGAGGCGAAUGUUGUGACUGAGUGGGGCGAAGUCCCUAGUGGCCCGCCGGAGUCAGCGCCCGCGCCGCACACAAACCGAGUACAAAAUUGCCAAAAAAGUGUAUAAUGGAAGUCUAUUUUUUUCUUUCGCUCGCUUCUUCUCAUCACAAGGGGCUCAAAUAGACGCAUAAAUGGAAUAAAAUAUUUAUUAUUUAUUUAUUGUGACGUUGGCUUUUAGAUUGUAUAUGUCACCGUUUUAAAAUUGUGCCCGUAGAUGUCGCUAGUGGAAAUACCAUAGACAUAGAUAAUGGACCGAACUU